AUGGAAAACUUCCAGUACAGUGUCCAGCUGAGCGAUCAGGACUGGGCUGAAUUCUCUGCCACAGCUGAUGAGUGUGGUCUCCCACAGGCUGGCCUGGCCUCUGGGGAUGAACUCUUGUCCAGUGACAUUGACCAAGAAGACAGCAGUGGUCCUCCUGGGCAGCCGGCUCUGGGCGGGCGGGGCUUGCUAGGCUGUGAGGAGGAAGAUGUGGCUGCCCAGCAGCUGGUCAGCAGGUCUCAGUGUGAACCUCUCUUGGCUCUGGGAGCUGGUGAGCAGACAUCCAGCACGUCCGCACUAUCUCUUGGCUCUAGUGCCACCGCUCCUUCCUCAGCCCUGUUGGUGCCAGUGUCUUGUGGGGAUGAGAGGCAGAGGCUACUGCAGGGCCCUGCCCCUAGCCUCCCUGGGAUGUCCUCAUGGAGUCCCAGGUCUCCUGGCCACAAUGCCAUACUCCAGGACCCCCUGAACAAUCCUGGAACCGUGCCUCGAAGCUCCAGUGGAAAGAAGAGGAGAGCCAUGGGUGCUAAGGCGGGUGGGCAUUCAGGAGCCCCAGGCCCUGCCCCUGCCCAGCUGGGCUCCCUACUGCUCACAGCACAGCCAGAGGAGGGUCUUGGCCUGGCUGGGCCCAGGGGCAAGAGUCUGGAAGCUGGGGAGGUUGAUUCAGACGAGGUUGUGUCCAUAUCAGCUCCCAAAGCAGAUGCUGCUGCCCUAUCCCAAUCUAUUGUCCCCCAGGCUGAGCCUCAUGUGGUGGAGAUGAAGACUGGAGUGAUCCCCAGAGCAAAGCCCUUAGCAGGUGUCCCUGGACACUUCUCAGGGGAGCACCGAGUGUACCCCAUUCACACCCCCAAGAAGAAGAAAGUACGAUUCUCCAUGGCUGGGCCCAGCCCUGAGAAGCCAGCAUCAGUGGUGGCCCUGGGCCCCCCAUCGCCAUCUACCACUUGGCCUUCAUCUCCCCGGACAGAACCUGGGGGCCAUGAGGAGCCUAGAACCUGGGAUGCUGUGGCCAUCGGGCCCCGACCCCCCAAGCCUCGCAUCCUCAAGCAUCUCCCCCCUCCAGCCCCCUCUGCCUUGAGGGCACCAGGGCCCAGGAGCCAAUUUGCAGUGACCCUCCCAGAGGCCUAUGAGUUCUUUUUCUGUGACACCAUUGAUGAGGAGGAGGAGGAAGAUGCUGAGGAGGUGGCAUUAACCAGCCAGGCUCUGGCUGAAGUCCAGUGGCCAGACAUAUGCGAGUUCUUCUUCCAGGAUUGCCAAGCUCAGAGGCCAAGUCCCUGGGGAUGCUGCUCCCUAGCCCCACUCCCCAGGGCUGAGGCUGUGCUAACCCCUCCGCCUGAAGACCCUGUGCCCAUCUCCAUCCCUGAGGCCUAUGAACACUUCUUCAGGGAGGACAGGCCUGGGAGGGGCCUGGGGCCAUCCUCCCUGGGAGCAGGGCCUGGCCCUGCCAGAGCAGAGCAGCUUGGCUUGAUGGUCAGGCAGCCAGGAGAACUCUGGGGCCCCCUCACCUCGUUCACCUUCAGCCAGAAUGACAUGUGCCUGGUGUUUGUAGCCUUUGCCACCUGGGCUGUGAGGACAUCAGACUUGCACUCCCCAGACGCCUGGAAAACAGUCUUGCUGGCCAACAUUGGCACCAUCUCGGCCAUCCGCCAUUUCCGCCGGCAGGUGGGGCAAGGGCGCUGCAAUCCCAGCCCCAGCCGCAGCACCAGCUCCUAG